CCGCGCGACCAAACCCAUUCGAUCUCUAACUCCUUCCUUUCCCCAAUCGAAGCACACCACACCAUGAAGAUGCAGAAGGCCCAGAAAUUGCUCAGAAUCUUCGGGUAUUCCGGUAAGGAUAUCGGAUCUGGAUCGCCGAUCGUGGAUUGCGCCUUCGACGAGGACUUUUCCUCUUGGGAAUUCGUGGUCCCCUCCGACGACGACGACGACGACAACGUCGCCUACUUCUUCAGCGAUGAAGACGACCUAGAAAUCGGUAUGCAAAUGGACGGAUCUUCCGGCGAAUUUCUGCUGGAACAAGACCUCUCUUCCCUGCUUGGAUCUCCUUCAGGCGUUUCCAUGGAAUCUCACUCGCCAGACCAGAUCUCCGGCCUGCUUGAUGUUGCGUCCGCUGCGCUUGAGGACUACGGUGGCGAGAGCGCGUAUGGAUCUGAGUAUGCUCCUGAAGAGGAAGACGAGGACGAUUAUGAUGAUUAUGACGUUGAUGAUGAGUUGGUUCCCUAUUGGGCUAGGGAUAAGUUCGCGAAGCAGAGGAUGAAGAAGCUGGAUAACAUGGCGCUUCUGAGGAUGAAGAAGCCGAAGAGGCUUCCCUACUACUGCAACAAGCCAGGAUCUGUGUGGAAGGUAAGGUGAUUUGACUUCAAGAGGGGCAAACCUGGUUCUAAUUGGAAGAUAAGUAUAAAUGCUAGAUUUGAAUAUUCAUAGGGUUAUGCAGUAUAUUUGGAAUUGGUUUAAUUCUGUUAACCAUGAUUGUGAUUACAUGUUCAUCUGUUCAUUCCAGACGCUUUCUAUGAUAUGCAGUGCAGUGUGUGUAUCUCUCACACACUUGGCUUCUUUAAUAGUAUCAUAAUUCUAUGUCAUGUGUCUAAUGUUGAAGUUAUGGAGUCAUGUGGGAGGCCAAAGGAGUCCCAUUAUUAUGCAUAAUUUCGUAGGUCAUGCCAAGAACACAUGAUUUGGUGUAGAACAAUAGUGGUAGUUGCCCAAACUCAUUGUAGCUAAGCAAAGGUUGGGUAU